AUGGCUGCCUUCCCGCCCCCUCCCGUCAACACCAUUGACUGGUCCAACGUCGGCUUCAAAGUCCGCGAAGUCAAUGGCCACAUCGAGUCCACCUACUCCGUGACGACCGGCAAGUGGUCGCCGCUCAAGUUCGUCGCGGACCCCUUCAUGCGUAUCCACGGCAUGGCCCCCGCCCUGAACUACGGCCAGCAAGCCUACGAGGGCCUCAAGGCCUUCCGCGCCCCCGGAGACAACGCCAUCACCAUCUUCCGCCCCAACAAGAACGCCCUCCGCCUGCAGCACUCCGCCGACGUCGCCUCCAUGCCCCGCGUGCCCGAGGAGCUCUUCAUCGAGGCCGUCAAGGCCGCCGUCUCCCUCAACGCCGGAUACGUCCCGCCCCACGAGACCGGCGCCGCCAUGUACAUCCGCCCCCAGCUGUACGGCUCGUCCGCUCAGCUCGGCCUGAACCCUCCCGAGGAGUACAUCUUUGCCGUCUUCGUCAUCCCCACCGGUGUCUACCACGGCUCGCACCCCGUCAAGGCCCUGAUCCUGGACGACUUUGACCGUGCGGCGCCCAACGGCACUGGACACGCCAAGGUUGGAGGAAACUACGCCCCCGUGCUGCGCUUCAGCGACCGCGCUCGCAACGAGGGAUACGGCAUCACGCUGCACCUCGACAGCGUCAAGCACGAGGACAUUGACGAGUUCAGCACGAGUGGUUUCAUUGGUGCCAAGAAGGAGGGCGACAAGAUCACCCUCGUCGUGCCGGAUUCCAAGUGCGUCAUCGACAGUGUAACGAGCGACAGCAUCCAGGAGAUUGCCCGCAGCUUCGGCUGGAAUGUCGAGAAGAGAGUGAUCAAGUACAGCGAGCUCCCUACCUUUGCCGAGGUCAUGGCCGCCGGCACGGCCGCGGCUCUGGUUCCUAUCCGCUCCAUCACCCGUCGCGUCGACGCGUCGUCGCCUCAGUCCCUGGCGGCCAGCAAGCAGGAGCGCGUGAGCAGCGCCAAGGCGGGCGAGGAGACGGUGACUUACAUCCCCGAGAGCCAGGAGGAUGCAGGUGAGAUCUGCCUCAAGCUUCUGUCGACGCUCAAGGGCAUCCAGCUCGGCAAGCUCAAGGAUGAGUUCGGCUGGAACAGCCCCGUCAGCGAGGCGGACGGCACUGCGGUCGCGGGAGAGCAAAAGACGAACGGCUCGGCCACGACGGUUGGCCAGAUGGAUUAA